AUGCCCCAUAAAACAAAAUCGAAUUCGAAAUUAACAUUAGUCAAGCUGCAUAAAUGUACAGCUGGAAAGCGAAUAUGGAAAUUUUUCUCGAAAUUACUCUGGCAUUUCAAUCAAACUGUUCCAAACUACUCACCACACGAGAAUCGUCGCGCAAAACUAUACACUCGACGCGGAUCCGUUCGUCAGAAUCGUGAACAACAAACUAGUAUUACUAAAACGCAUGUUCAAGUUCACUACACUGCACGCUAUCGAACGUGUUCAACACGUCAGCGACAAAUUACAUUGAUGUCAAUUGCCGAAGAGAAUGAAAAUGAUCUCCUUAAUUAUAAAUAG